GGCAUUUCAGCUGAAAUGAUGGGUCUCAUCAUCAAUUACGCCUACACCGGGACAGUACCGAUCACAGAGGACAACGUUGAGAGUUUGCUGGCUGCAGCAGAUCAGUUCAAUGUCAUGGGCAUCGUCAGCCUGUGCUGUGAGUUCCUCAGUUCCAGGCUGUGCUUUGAGAAUUGCAUUGGCAUUUGCAGACUCACUGACUAUUACCACUGCCCCGACCUGCGCGCAGCUGCCUGCGUGUACAUCCUGCAUCACUUCGAGGAGGUGUCCCAGGUGUCCGAGGAGUUCCUAGACCUCUCUGCCGAGGAGCUGGCACACAUCAUUGAGAAGGAUGAGCUGAACGUGCGGCGAGAAGAAGCCGUGUUUGAGGCUGUGCUGAGGUGGAUCGCUCAUGACCCGCAGAACAGGAGGCAGCACAUCGCCUGCUUGCUCAGCAAGGUUCGACUGGCACUCCUACAAUCCGACUACUUCAUGAACAACGUCAAAGCUCACGAGUACGUGAAAGACAACGCCAACUGCAAAGAUCUCAUCAUCAGUGCCCUGUCCGAAAUCUACGACCUGAACUCCUACGGCCAGAGUUCCUCAGUCAACGCCAACCCCCUCACCCGGCCGCGCCUGCCCUACGCCAUCCUCUUUGCCAUCGGGGGCUGGAGCGGCGGCGGCGCCACCAGCGCCAUCGAGACCUACGACGGCCGCACCGACAAGUGGCUGAACAUCCCCUGGGAGCAGGAGAGCCCUGUUGCCUAUCAUGGCUCAGCUUAUUUGAAAGGCCACGUCUACGUUAUCGGUGGAUUUGAUGGCACGGAUUAUUUCAACAUCGUCAAGCGCUUCGAUCCGCUGCAGAAGACGUGGCAGCAGGUAGCGCCCAUGCACUCACGGCGCUGCUACGUCAGCGUCACCGUUGUGGACAACUUCAUCUAUGCCAUGGGAGGGUUUGAUGGCUACAUGAGGCUCAACACAGCGGAGCGCUAUGACCCAGACACCAACCAGUGGACCCUGAUCACCCCCAUGCACGAGCAGAGGAGUGACGCCAGUGCAACCACGCUGAAUGGAAAGGUGUACAUCUGUGGUGGGUUUGAUGGUGAUCAGUGCCUCAGCUCAGCUGAAGUGUUCAACCCCACCACAAACCAGUGGUCCCUGAUCGCCCCAAUGAGCAGCAGGAGAAGUGGAGUUGGGGUGAUGGCGUAUGGGAACCAGGUGUACGCGGUCGGAGGGUUUGACGGGAACAGCCGGCUGCAGAGCGUGGAAGCGUACAACCCCAUCGCCAACGCCUGGCACGCCGUGCCCUCCAUGCUAAACCCACGCAGCAACUUUGGCAUUGAGGUGAUGGACGGCCUCUUGUUCGUGGUUGGGGGCUUCAAUGGGUUCAGCACCACCGUUGCCACCGAGUGCUACGAGGAGGACACCAACGAGUGGUACGAUGCCCACAGCAUGGGCAUCACCCGCAGCGCCGUCAGCUGCUGCGUGGUGCCAGGACUCUCCAAUGUCAUGGAAUACAUCGCCAGGCAACACUACUACCAGCACAGCUCCUCCAUGGACAUCUUGUUCACCAGCUCAACUCGGAGCUCGCCGUUGUAAAUAGUUCCCCUUAGCUAGGAGUGUUGUGAUCAGCCAUCA